CCAACUUUUGCUAGGAGGGAAGGAGGUUUAGUGGGGAGACUUCAUGGAAGAAAUGUCACCCAAGGUUUGAAGAAAGCUAAAGUAGAAUUGGCUUAGAUAGAGAAAAGUCUCUGAGAACAGGUGAGUGGAACUCAGAUAAACAACGGCUGGAUAAAUGAGACUGUGAUCUGCGGUUCCCGGGCAGAUGGGAAUCCUGACCGAGGAAUAAGGAACAAGGAUGGGGAAACAAGACUGUUGGGUCACAAGAUGAGUGUAUUCUAGAAUAGGCUGGCUGGGCUGGGCUGUGACCCGAUGCACAGAACAACCCCAAUUCCUCUCUGGAUUAUGUGUAAUGGUGGUGUCAUGGAGCCCAGAGCCCGAGUCCAACAGAAGCAACAUCCAAUGAGUGGGAAUCCCCACCCCAUCUGAGAAAAGACAUUAUCGGUCCAAUGUCUGACCAUGGGGAUGUGAGCCUCCCACCCCAAGACCGGGUGAGGAUUCUAUCCCAACUUGGGAGUGCAGUGGAAUUAAAUGAGGACAUCCCACCCCGACGCUACUACCGCUCCGGUGUUGAGAUCAUCCGCAUGGCAUCCAUUUACUCUGAAGAAGGCAACAUUGAACAUGCCUUUAUCCUCUACAACAAAUACAUCACGCUUUUCAUUGAAAAACUUCCAAAACACCGAGACUACAAAUCAGCUAUCAUUCCUGAGAAGAAAGAGGCCGUCAAGAAAUUAAAGAAUGUUGCUUUCCCCAAAGCAGAAGAACUUAAGAGCGAACUCUUGAAAAGAUACACCAAAGAAUAUGAGCAGUAUAAAGAACAAAAGAAAAAGGAAGAGGAGGAACUUGCCCGGAAUAUCGCCAUCCAGCAAGAGUUGGAAAAAGAAAGACAGAGAGUUGCUCAGCAGAAGCAGAAGCAGUUAGAGCAGGAACAGUUCCAUGCCUUUGAGGAGAUGAUCCAGAAGCAGGAGCUAGAAAAAGAGCGGCUAAAAAUUGUCCAAGAGUUCCGGAAGGUGGACCCUGGCCCAAGUGGGCCUCUGCUACCUGAUCUGGAAAAGCCUUGUGUAGAUGUGGUCCCCACCUCACCCACGCAGACUUCAGACUGUAACAGAACCGUGAGACCAGCUAAGCCACCCGUGGUAGACAGGUCCCUGAAGCCUGGAGCACUAAGCAUCAUAGAAAAUGUUCCCACCAUUGAAGGCCUGCGCCAUAUUGUGGUGCCCCGCAAUUUGUGCCCGGAAUUUCUCCAGCUUGCCAGUGCCAAUACUGCCAAAGGCAUUGAAACUUGUGGAGUCCUCUGUGGAAAAUUGAUGAGAAAUGAAUUCACAAUCACACAUGUUCUCAUCCCCAGACAAAAUGGUGGGCCCGAUUAUUGCCACACAGAGAAUGAAGAAGAAAUUUUCUUUAUGCAGGAUGAUCUUGGACUCCUCACGCUUGGCUGGAUCCAUACUCACCCAACCCAGACGGCCUUCCUGUCCAGUGUGGAUCUGCACACCCACUGCUCCUAUCAAAUGAUGUUACCAGAGUCUAUAGCAAUCGUCUGCUCCCCCAAGUUCCAGGAAACUGGAUUCUUUAAGUUAACUGAUUAUGGCCUCCAAGAGAUUUCCACCUGCCGGCAGAAGGGCUUUCACCCUCAUGGCAGAGACCCCCCUCUGUUCUGCGACUGCAGUCACGUCACUGUCAAGGAUAGGAUUGUGACCAUCACGGACCUUCGAUAAAUCUCAGUCACCAUCCAGGGAGAUGGCUCCUUGGAUAAAGACACUUGCCUCCAAACCCAGCAGCCUGAGUUCAUUUCCUUGGACUUCACACAUGAUGGAAGGAGAGCAACUUCCCCCAAGUUGUCCUUUGACCUCAACUUGUGCACUGUGGUAUGCGCGCGCGCGCGCGCGCACACACACACACACACACACACAAUAAAUAGAUGUAAUUUACAAAGUCUUAUCCUCCUCCUGAGCUACAUGCCCUGAUCAGUUUACUAUCCUCACCCCCAUGGAAUUAAACUUUUAAGACAGAAUAGGAAAGGGUCAAUACCAAUGGGAAACUGUUGGUCUUUUUUUAAUUUAUUAUUUGAAAAUAAGUCAUUUUAUUUUUUUAAGGCAAAUCUGAAAAUGAGCAAAUCACACCAAACAACUAACUCAAAAAUUAGGAUGCGAGAGAAAGUACCUCUCUGCCCUCUUUAGAUCCGAGCACUGGCCUUUGGUCCCUGUUGUGACUUACCUUCCAACUGGUUCAUCUCUACCUUUGGACUAAAUAAGGCCAUCUCUGCAAAACUGUGAAAGCCAUUUUGAAGGACUUGGCUUUUUCUUGUUUGUGGCAUAACUGAGGGAGCUUAUCACUCUGGUGGGAAGUGUAUGAGGAGCUCACAGCCCCCCAUAAGUUGAUUUUGUUUUUAAGAAAGAAGUCUAUUAUUUAAUUUAAAAGGUUAGGAUGUUAUUUUCUUCUGUAAUAAAGCAGCUCACUGUGUUGUGCUCUAGA